AUAUGGAAUGGUGAAACUAUUAUGUGAAAAUACAAUUUUUAAUACGAGAUACAGUUGUUUUUUAUGGAGAUGAAUAUGGCGAAGACUGUGAGUUAUGACCAAUAUAUUGUCAGGAGGACAGAGUCAUAACAAUGUCGGAAGCAUCUCUUCUUGCUUCUCCUUUUCUCCACACCAAUAGCGGGAUCCAUUCAGAUUCUUUCUACGCCUCGCUUAUCGAUAGCUCCACUCACAAACCUCAGCUCAGGCAAAUCCACGCACGUUUACUGGUUCUGGGUUUGCAGUUCAGUGGCUUCUUGAUCACCAAGCUCAUUCACGCGAGCUCUUCCUUUGGCGACAUCCUUUUCGCACGCAAGGUGUUCGACGAAUUGCCUCGCCCUCAGAUAUACCCUUGGAACGCUAUCAUCACGGGUUAUUCAAGAAACAAUCUCUUCCAAGAUGCGGUUCUCAUGUAUUCCAAGAUGCAGCUCGCUCGUGUUCCUCCUGAUUCUUUCACUUUCCCUCAUCUUCUCAAAGCUUGCGGUGGUUUGCCUCAUCUUAUGAUGGGUCGGCUCGUGCAUGCUCAGGUACUCAGGCUUGGAUUCGAAGCUGAUGGGUUUGUUCAGAACGGUCUCAUUGCUUUGUACGCGAAGUGCAGGCGUGUGGGGAGUGCGAGAAGUGUGUUUGAAGGACUGCCAAUGUCUGAGAGAACGGUGGUCACGUGGACGGCUAUUGUUUCAGCUUAUGCUCAGAACGGUGAGCCUGUGGAGGCGUUGGAGAUUUUCGGUCGGAUGAGGAAGAUAGAUGUGAAGCCUGAUUGGGUAGCUCUCGUCAGCGUUCUCAAUGCUUUCACUUGCCUGCAGGAUUUGGAGCAAGGGAGAGCUGUUCACGCUUCUGUUGUGAAGAUGGGUCUUGAAACAGAGCCUGACUUGCUCAUCUCUCUCAACACCAUGUACGCAAAGUGUGGCCAAGUCGAAACUGCCAAGAUUCUGUUUGGUAAGAUGAAGUCACCAAACUUGAUUUUGUGGAACGCCAUGAUCUCUGGCUAUGCGAAAAACGGUUAUGCCAAAGACGCUAUUGAUACGUUUCAUGAGAUGAUCAAUAAAGGUGUAAGACCUGACACCAUCUCUAUAACAUCUGCCAUUUCGGCUUGUGCUCAAGUAGGUUCUCUUGAGCAGGCUCGCUGGAUGGAUGAAUAUGUAGGCAGGAGCGACUACAGGGACGACGUUUUCAUUCGCAGCGCCUUAAUCGAUAUGUUUGCUAAAUGCGGAAGUGUAGAAAGCGCAAGAUCAGUUUUCGACAGAACACUUGAUAGAGAUGUUGUGGUGUGGAGUGCUAUGAUUGUUGGGUACGGACUGCACGGACGGGCAAGAGAAGCAAUCAGUCUAUACCGUGCAAUGGAGCGUGGUGGAGUGCAACCCAAUGACGUGACUUUUCUUGGGCUUCUCAUGGCUUGUAACCAUUCAGGCUUGGUAAGAGAAGGCUGGUGGUUCUUCAACCGGAUGACAGACCACAAAAUUAACCCGCAGCAGCAGCACUAUGCAUGCGUCGUUGAUCUCCUCGGUCGUGCUGGUCAUCUUGAUCAAGCUUAUGAGGUGAUCAGAUGCAUGCCUAUUCAGCCCGGUGUAACGGUUUGGGGAGCGUUCCUAAGCGCUUGCAAGAAGCAUCGCCACGUGAGUUUAGGAGAAUACGCAGCUCAACAACUUUUCUUAAUAGACCCAACCAACACUGGCCAUUACGUGCAGCUCUCUAAUCUGUACGCUGCAGCUCGUUUGUGGGACCGUGUUGCAGAGGUUCGAGUGAGAAUGAAGGAGAAAGGAUUGAGCAAAGACGUUGGAUGCAGCUGGGUCGAAGUAAGGGGAAGGUUGGAGGCUUUUCGAGUUGGUGAUAAGUCGCAUCCAAGAUAUGAAGAGAUUGAGAGACAAGUAGAGUGGAUUGAGAAUAAACUUAAGGAGAGUGGGUUUGUGGCGUACAAGGAUGCUUCGUUGCACGAUCUCAACGAUGAAGAAGCGGAGGAGACUCUUUGCAGCCACAGCGAAAGGAUAGCCAUUGCAUAUGGACUAGUAAGUACACCCCAAGGGACAACACUGCGGAUCACAAAGAAUCUGAGAGCUUGUGUGAACUGUCACGCUGCUACAAAAGUUAUCUCAAAGCUUGUGGGUAGAGAGAUCGUUGUGAGAGACACCAACCGGUUCCACCAUUUUAAGAAUGGUGUUUGUUCGUGCGGUGAUUAUUGGUAAUAGAAGAUAGAAACUGGAUUAGUCUGAAAGUUGGACAUCUUAGUUAUUUGAUCAUCAAAAUGUGAAGAUGAAGAUUCGGACAAGAACACACACAAGUCUAUUAAUAAAUAAUGAGCAAGGACCACUGUAAAAUAGAGCUGAGUACUUCUCCCAAUUGGCCAGUUACUUCUCAACAACGCUCUUGUCAUACAGGUACUCAACGAACUCAUCGAUGAGGUAAGGCCAUGCUCCUUCUGCGUCGUAAUUCGACAGUGCCGGGUCCACCGUCUGCAUCACAAACUACUGUCUCAAUCCUUAUAUCACAACAUGUAAGCUCAAUGACACAAUGAUAUCUAGUGUUUUCUAUUACCCUUGCAAACUCCAGGAGCUGUGCCCAUGUGUCUUUAGAUAUGGCCUUGUUGUGACGAUCCUGAUUUUGGGAAACAACAUUGUAUGAUUUGUAUCAGAAGGUACAGAAAUAUAAUAAUAAGAUCAUGCUUUGAAUG